AUUCAUUUUGUCAUUUAUCUGCUACGGUUUGCUCCGACCAUCACUUGGUUGUUAUCUCUACACACGAGCUCUACACAGUACACACACCCUCACUCUCUCUCUCUCUCUCUCUCUGCGAGACACUGCGCUUGGCAUUUCUUUCUGCUCCGAGCAUCGAGAAGCCUAAGAAAGUGUUCCAGGUGAUAGAUAUAUGAUCCAUUUCGUUGUGGCAUAGUGACUCCAUUGCGAAGUGACAUACUUGUGAUGCAACAACUUUUGUGGACAUAGUGUGAUGGUAUAGCAUUUAAGCAAGGACAAAGCCAUACAAUGGCCACGGCUGCUGUUAUCGGUCUCAGUGCAGGAAAGAGGCUCUUGAGUUCUUCCUUCUACUAUUCUGAUAUUGCGGAAAAGCUGUCAUAUGGUAAUGAUUAUGGGUUGGGUCACCAUCAAGUUUUUUCUUCUAAGAAAGUUAUCAUGGCAAAGAAGGAAUCCAGUGAUAGACCUAGUUUUUUGUCCAACCGGCGCAGCCGAUCCAUCAGAGCUCUUAGAGAACAUGCAGAUACUGCUUGUGAUCCUUCAACUGCAGAUGUGGGGCUUGAGAAACUGGACCGAUUGGAGGAGGAAAGACCUUCUCUGGAACUUUCAGUGGAUGCUCUCAUUUUAUUGCAAAAGUCUAUGCUGGAAAAACAAUGGAAUCUUUCCACUGAGGAAGUAGUAACUGAUAGGAAACUAAAAGAUACACGCGAAAAGAUUCAAUUUGCUUGUUCAGCGACAUCUGCUCGAAAGCGGAGAUUUGAUUCUAGAAAGAAAGUUGUGAACCGAAAUCAUUCCACGACAGAACUGGGUGAAAGUAAGCAGGCAAAAACCACAAUCAGUCCAGAACUGCUUCGGAACCGUCCGAAAGGAUAUGUGAGGGGGGUAACCAGCGAACAAUUGCUCACCCACUCCGAAGUAGUGCAACUAUCAAAACUAAUAAAAAUAGGUCUUCUCUUCGAUGAGCGGAGAUCAAGACUGAAGGAACGCUUAGGGUGUGAGCCCUUAGAGGAGCAACUUGCAAGUUCCCUGGGGAUUUCUCGUACUGAGUUGCGAUCGAAAUGGAUAGAGAGUUCUUUGGCUUUAGAUAAGCUAGCAAUGAGCAACGUUCGUCUAGUCAUGUCUAUUGCUCAAAGAUAUGAUAACAUGGGUGUAGAAAUGGCUGACCUCAUUCAGGGUGGCCUGAUUGGAUUAAUCCGGGGCAUUCAGAAAUUUGAUUCUUCCAAGGGGUGCAAGAUUUCAACCUACGUGUAUUGGUGGAUACGUCAGGGUGUUGCGAGGGCAUUUUUUGAAAAUUCAACUACUGUAAGCUUGCCGACCCAUUUGCACGAAAGGUUAAAUUUAAUCCGUGGCGCAAAGUUGAAACUCAAAGCAAAAGGAUUAACUCCGUCAACCGAGACAAUAGCAGCUUGCCUGAAUAUGUCCCAACAGAAAGUCAGGAAUGCAACAGAGGCAGUUACCAGGGUCUUUUCGCUUGAUAGGGACGCAUUCCCCUCUUUAAAUGGUCUUCCUGGAGAAACACUUCAUAGUUAUAUUGCAGAUGAUCGCCGCGAGAAUGACCCAUGGGUACGAGUAUAUGGUCAAACCCUCAAGGAUGAGGUUAAAAAAAUUCUUAAUACAAAGCUUGGAGAACGGGAGAGAUAUAUCAUACGUCUUUACUAUGGCAUGGACGGAGAAUGUCUUACUUGGGAGGAUAUUAGUAGCCGGAUAGGUUUGUCUAGGGAAAGAGUGAGGCAAAUUGGACUCGUAGCAGCGGAGAAAAUAAAACAAGCAGCAAGGGAGAGACGACUUGAUUACUUGCUGGAGAAGAUAGGAUGACGUGGUGUGUUUGCCGUAGAAGUUGUGAAUUGCAUGUAUAUACUAAGAAAGAGAACAGUUGAAUCUCGAAUUUAAUUUUUUUAAUUCAGGAAUGAAUAUACACACACACACUGAUGUAAAUGCCUGCAUCCCAUUUUAUGGGGGAAGAGCCCGAUCAAAGAGCUUCCAAAAUGCGGCAAUCUCAGGCUGUAUUCUAUUUUUGGCAAAGCUUCGUUGGAUGAGAAAACUGCAUUACUA